CGGCUCGGCCUCGUCUUCUCCGGCGGGCCCGCGCCGGGCGGGAACAACGUCGCGUGGGGGAUGCUCGACUGCCUCGAGCGAUGGGCCGCGGAGAGUGGCCGCGGCGACGACGCGGAGCCCGCGAACUUUGUCGGUUUCCUCGGAGGACCCGACGGGCUCCUCAGACGACGAUGGAAACGCGUGGACGCGGGGGAGAUGAAACGACGCAAGAACCAGGGCGGAUUCGACCUCCUCGGCAGCGGACGUACCCGCCUGAACACGACGGCUCACUUCGAAGCCGUGCGAGACGCGUGCGUGGAGGCUGAUCUCGACGGACUCGUCGUCUGCGGCGGCGACGACAGCAACACAAACGCCGCGUUCCUCGCCGAGCACCUCGCGGCGGACCCGAACUGCCGCACCGCCGUCGUGGGCGUCCCCAAGACGAUCGACGACGACCUCAAGGGUGGCGGCAUCGGCGUGUCCUUCGGAUUCGACAGCGCGAGCGGGGUGUACGCGGAGACGAUCGGUAACCUGUGCUCGGACGCCCGAUCGGCGGGAAAGUACUGGCACUUCGUCAGGGUGAUGGGCAGAAACGCGUCGCACCUGACGCUCGAGUGCGCGCUUCGGUGCGCGCCAAACGUCGCGCUGAUCGGCGAGGAGGUGGCGGCGAACGGGGUCACGCUGGAGGCGGUCGUGGACGACAUCGCGACCCUCGUGGAGGCUCGAGCUCGGGAAGGUUUGACACACGGAGUCGUCCUCGUCCCCGAGGGGCUCCUCGCCUUCGUCCCCGACGUCGCCAAGCUCAUGGACGAGCUCGCUCGGGUUCACCCGGGCGGCGCGUCGGACACGUCGAACACGAUGGCGUCGCUGUCGAUGGACGCCGCGAAGACGGCGGCGUCGCUCCCGAACGACAUAUUCGCCGAGCUGACUCGGACCCGCGAUCCCCACGGGAACCCGCGACUCAGCGCCGUCGACACCGAGAAACUCCUGGGCCGAAUGGUCAAAUCCAGGAUCGACGCCGCGGGGGCGACGCGCCGCGAGGAGGCGCAGACGGCGGUGGAUGCCAAAUUCUCACCCGUGUACCAUUUUUGCGGAUACGAGGGCAGGAGCGGGCUUCCGACCGACUUCGACGCCACGUACGCGUACGCGCUCGGGUACGCCGCCGCGACGCUCGCGGCGGGGGGCGCGAACGGCGUCAUCGCCACAGUGACCAACCCGGAAGCGUCCAGUCCGCGAGACUGGCGCGUGGCGGGCGUCCCGAUGUGCCGGCUCAUGCGAAGAGAAUCGCGGGAGGGUCGCGAGCGUCUGGUGAUUAAGAAGACGCCGGUGGACCUCAACGGCGGCGCGUUCGCCGCGUUCGUGUCGCGCAGGGACGGGUGGAGGAUGGUGGACAGGUACGCGUGCCCCGGGCCGGUCCAGUUCUCG